CAGCGGCCCAGGAUGACCCUGGACAAGAGCGAGUACACGCGGGUAGUCCCCAGGCUGAAGAACGCCGUCACCCUGGACCUGAACAUCGCCUCCAACUGCGUCUUCUGGUCCGACAUCUCCGAGAAGACCAUCUACAGCGCUACCAUGGACGCGGCUGCCAACGCCACGCAGCACCAUGUCGUCAUCGGCAACGGCAUCGGCGCCCACGAGGGCAUCGCCGUGGACUGGGUCUACGGCAACCUGUACUGGACAGACGGCAUGCACAGCACCAUCUCCGUGGCAACCGUCGACGGCAGCCGCCGCAAAACCCUGAUCCGCCAGGACCUGUCCCGGCCGCGUGGCAUCGUGGUCGACCCCGUCCACAACUUCCUGUACUGGACAGACUGGGGCACUCCGUCGAAAAUCGAGAAGGCCGGACUGAACGGAGGAGACCGCAUCGCGUUGGUCACGGACAACAUCAUCUUGCCCAACGGCAUCACCCUGGACCUUCUGAACCAGCGCCUCUACUGGGUGGACUCCAAGCUGCACACCCUGACCAGCGUGGACGUGAAUGGCGGGGGCCGGCGCACUGUGCUCGUGGACAAGCAGCGGCUGGCUCACCCGCUGGGUGUCACCGUGUUCGAGGACCGAGUGUUCUGGACGGAUGUGAGCAACAACGCCAUCUUCAGCGUCAACCGGUUGACAGGAAGUGAUGUCAGAGCGGUGGCGGAGCACCUGUCCUCGCCCGAUGACAUCGUGAUGUACCACAACCUCCGGCAGCCCGCCGGCAGGGACUGGUGUGGCACGGCCAACGGCGGCUGUGAGUUCCUGUGUCUGGCCGCCCCCCAGGUGGGCCCCCACCCCCCCAAGUACACCUGCGCCUGUCCCGAUGACAUGGCCCUGGCCCGGGACAUGAGGAGCUGUGUGCCAGCCUCUCCGACGCCCGCCGCCCCCGUCCCACCUCAGCCCCUGGUGACCCGCGAAGCCUUGACCCCCAUUCCCCACCGACCGGUCCAAACCACCGCCAGGACCCCGGCGCCCCUCACUGCCAGACCCCCCACCCGGCCGGUCGCCACCCACAGAGCCCCCACCAGUCCAGCCGCCACCCACAGAGCCCCCACCAGGCCAGCCGCCACCCACAGAGCCCCCACCCGGCCAGCCCUCAUCUUCAGCACCGCGACGGCCAGGGCGGACCGGGGCACCCCCAAACCGGUGGUCCCCCACACCGCGGGCCCCGCCCCCCAGGGGGAGGAGCCUGUGAACCCCCUCCCGGACUCCCAUCAGAAGCUGGAUGAGAUUGGACCUGAGACAGCUCCGUCCAGCCACACAGCGAUCUAUAUCGCCCUGCCGCUCGCGGUCGUCAUGGUGGCGGCCUUCGUCUGCUUCCUGUUGUGGAGGAACUUCCGCCUGAAGAACACCAACACCAUCCACUUCGACAACCCGGUGUACCAGAAGACCACGGAGGAUCAGCUCCACAUCUACCGCAGCCAGAGCCCGGACGGCUACUCCUACCCCCCGAAGCAGAUUGUGAGUCUGGACGAGGAGGCGGACAACCCGGCAUUCUCCGAGGACUAAACGGAUACCAAGCUAGCAUAACAAGCUAGCAUACCAAGCUAGCCCAGGAAGUCCUUUAUUCUUGACCACAGCGACCGUGGGAGGAGAGAGCCAGCCCACCGAAACUUCCACACUACCUUCAGCUCUUUUCCACGACUCAGCUGAAGAAGAUGAAGAUGAAGUUACACGCCCGAUGUACAGACGAUUUCAGUCCACCGUACCGCAGGAGACCAGAGACUUGCCCCAGGAGAUAUCAGAUGAGUCUGCAUGUCUCCGGUCUGCCCCCCCACCUCCACCUCCAACUCCACCUCGUCAUAGACUCAACAGAACUCCUCACCUACUCCCCUUUACACAGAAUUCCGAAAUCAACGAAUUGUAAAUAUUUCUUGAUCGCUUUGGUCAGUCCGGUGAGAAAUGUGCAAAUAUGCUGUUUGUAAGAACAGCCAUCUCUGGAGCAGAGGGUAUGGUGUAGGGAUCGACCGAUACAGAUUUUUUAGGGCCCAUACCGAUCCAGAUUUUUUUUCAUCAGCCUUAGCCGAUAACCGAUACGCCGAUACCGAUUUUCUUGAGCCGAUAAUUGGAGCCGAUAAUACCCUGGAAAUCCAGAGUUCUCGCGAGAGCACAAUCACUAGUAUGGUGUGAUGUCGAACCUCUUAUCAGUGUCCUGCCCCGUGCCACUAUGACCGCAGUUACCUCAGCUGAACCCUAGGAGAGAUCCUUAUUUAGUUCAUAUGGGCGGAAUGUUUGACUAAAGCUUGGUAAACACAUCUCCAUCAGCAGCUCCGCAGAGGUCCAGAGCGCAGGAUCAGAUGUUUACUUGACGUGUAUCAGAGGGACCGAAAGCUCUGGGAUGUCUGCACACCAAGGUCCAUGACCAGAUAGUCACUGAGACACGACAACUGGCACGUCUUUGAGGACGUGCUGACAGAGUACAAGUAUUCACCCCUUUUCAUUGUGCUGCACCUCUCUGUACCGUCACCGGGCUGGCGCCCAGCAGUGCCUGUCUGUCGACACACUUUACUCUAUUGACUCUUCACCAGUGCCGUUUCAGACACUGGUUCAGUAGUUGGUAAGCCAUGGUGGAGUUGAAUUGAAUUUAAACCGCACCCCUCGAACCUCAAAGUUCGUAGUUCGAAAUUCGAGGUUCACGAUCCCCCUCAUGCAAUAAAUCCCAGCAUGCAUCUCUGCUCACUUAGGUCACACCCACAUCAACAAGCAAAGCGGGCACUGCCGUGAGGUUAACGAGGGUUAAGGCCGGUCGAUGUUGGGUUUUUUACGCAUUUCCAAGUGGCCUCUCCAGCGUUUUGAUGAGAGGGAUCUGAGAGUUGAUCAUUUAGAUCGUCCUCUCUUUUGUGACGGGAAAGUUUGUGUUUUGCUUGGUCAACGCUUUAUGUCGGAGACACCUUUGUGCCUUGCAAGCUAAAUAUUUUGUGGAAAUCGUAGGGGUUUGAGAGAAAUGUAGGUGUUUACUUCAACAGUGUUACACGUAGUGUAUCCAGGUGAAGUCAGAAGUUGGUUAAAGGCACAAUCACUGCCAUGAUGUUUACGACGGUUUUAGCGUUUUUAACGUAGCUUCUAAACAGAGCUCUGAUUAUGGUGACUAAUUGUCCAUCAAUGUCCUUUAACUGACUGUGUUGAUCAAGGGUUUGUAAAUACAAUGUUCAUAAAUGUAAAUAAUUGACAUUUGGUCAUGAUGCCUUGACUUUUUUGUUGUAUACUUUUGAAACUUUUUCUGUAAAUAAAUUAAUAUUUGUAUUUAUUUUGAAAAUGUUUGCCCUGAAUGUUCACAUGUGCCUCACCAUUUAUACAAUCAAUUUGAUUAUACUGUCUGCCAUUUUGUAAUCCACCACAAGCUCUUGUCUUUAGCGUUGGACGUCGAAUUCUAAUCACGAUGUUCUCACACAAUGUUGUUUUCCUCAACUUGUAAUCAAUCUCAGAGGGGUAUGUUGAAACGCAGUGGCGAUCAAUCUUAUUUAACCCCCUGGUUACAGUGUUCUGUGUUGUGGGUCUUGUAGGAACAACAAGUCUGUAAAUUACACAUUAGUACACAGACCCUGAUUCAAGGCCAUGUUUGAAUAAAUGUUUUUGAAACCGGUAAACUCCAGAGUCUGUUUUCAGUGAUCAUUUAUUAUAAGUGGGACCAAAUUUAAGCAUAGAAAAUGGGAGCAUACUUGAAUAAUAACC